UCCCGCCUCCUCUCCCUCGACCGAGCGCCUCCCACCUGCCCUCUCGCGCGGUCCUCUCCCUCGCCGUCGCCGCCGCACUCUCCUCCCUGUCUCGCUUGCCGACGCCGCCCUCGCCCUCCGCGUCUCGCUCGACGAUCACGCCGGGCCGCCGUCCCGCUCGCGCCGCCCUCGCCUCCCCAUCUCACUCGCCGGCGCCGUCGCCACGCCCUCUCCGCCCCAUCCCGCUCACCGGGAACGAGCCCCCUCCCCCGCGCCCGUCCCCUCGGUCUCCCGGCGCGGACCAAGCGAGGCGCGGUCCGCGCGGCCGCCGUCCCUCGCCUCCGCUCCUGCAGCCGGACACGGUCUCCGUCUCGCUCGACGACCUCGCCGCGCGGCUGUCGUCCCCGGCUGCCGUCCGUGCCACCGCUGCGCCGCCCCCGGCAUCGCAGAUCCACGUUGUACGUGCCGCCGCUCUCCUGUCCCCUACCGCCAUCCGCGCCGCCGCAGCUCCAUCGCCGUCCGCCGUACGCGCCGCCCCCGGCGCAUGUUGGAGCUGAAAUGCAGCUGGCUGAGGCAAGGGCUGGAGGAUCCAGCAAGGCGCAGCUCGGAGCGGAGGAGGACGGGGUGGGGCGGAUCUGGCGCAGUUGGCGGGAGCUCCGAUGCGGUGGCACGGAGGGGGCCGCUCGCCGCCGACCUUGGCGAGCUCGAGCCCCAGCAAUCUCUUCUUGCUUUGUUCAUAGCCCAGGUAUAUCCGUCUUUCGAUCUGUCUCUGCACCCCGAUUUUUUUCCAUAGCCACCAGAUUCAAUGUACAACAUCAAAGACUCUAUCAGCCUUUUAGUUUCAUUUAAUCGAACCAAUUUAGUGGUACAUGUAUUUUAAAGCAUUAAGAAACAGAAACUACUACUUGCUGAGACCUCCGUUGAUAUGAAUGUUUGAGCCUCCUCAUGCUGCAUUUGCUACUCAGCUUGGCUAAGCAAAAUGCAACGAAGGCCAAUAUUCUCAGUUAUGAAAAGGUGCUACAAAUCUCAAGUUCAUUUUUUUGUUAAUUCUGUUUCCAUAUCUGUUCUCUCGAACAGUUGUUUGGCACCUACAUUGAGUCUGAUCCAACCAAAAUUGCUGUUCAGGGCUUGCAUAGGUUCGAGAAAGAAAAUUGCAAUCUCAUCAUUGUGGGUGGCAAGAUUCAGAAGCAACAUUAUGUGCACUUGAAAUUUGCAGUUCUGGCUUUCAGCAUUUCCCCGAAGAAACCUAGCUAAAUUUCACCACAAAUCUUAUUGACAGUAAUAUUAGCUAGGCUGCAUUUGAUCAGGUGCAAGCCUUUAAACCAAAAAUGUAUGGUCACCCUAAAAAAGGUCAUCAACCCUAUCAGCAAAUGGCUCAGUUCUACAUAAAAAAUGCUUUGCAAAAAUGGCAUCAGCGAAAGAGAUAUUCCAGGCCAUGUCAGGCAAAUUGCACCAAAGUUUUAGGAUGGAAUUACGGCAUUUGCAACAGUCCAAUUAUUGAGGAGAUACGUGACUUAGGGAUGAUAAUGGGAACUGAAUUCACCAAUAACAAGUCACCAACUGAUCUAUUCCCUGCUGAAUGGGGCAUUGGUACAAUCUUUGGGCAGGAGUGCCAGAAGCGCGGCAUGCUGGUGAGGGUUGCCGGCAACGCUAUCAUGAUGUUGCCGACACUGAUCAUGACACCUAGGGAAGUCGGCGAGGUUGAUGAGCUGAUGAGAAUCUAUGGGGAAGCCCUUAAGGCCACUGAGAUGAGGGUGGCAGAGCUGAAAUCCAAGAGGAAUUAGCCAAGCACGACGAAGAUGACGGUAAACAUCAGGCAGCGAUGAACACAUGUACAGAAGAAUAAGUUCAGGGUUGGGAGAUGGCAAUAAUGCUGCAACGGGCACUAUUCUUGAAGGGCAACAACUGUGCAAGGAACUCUUACGUUGGCAAGAUUUCCCUUUUCCAUGACAUGGAAGAGAAGCUCCAACAGGCUAUCUCUUGUGUCAUCUAAUUCAUUGCAAGCCCAUAGCUAUUGGUUCACAUAGCUGAUGGAGGUGGAGCUAAUUCAUCGUGAUGCAUCGAGUUAGCUUGUUUCAGUGAAGACAAAAUUCCACAAUUUAAGAUACUAUAUUUGAAGAAAAUAGUUUAUUUCAUCCAAACAAUUUUAUUGCUGAUGGUGCUCUAACUAAUGAUGUAAUAAACAAUAUAUUAUAACUUAGCUAUAUGGAUUUAUACUUAUUUGUAUUAUUUGUAAGUCAGGCCUGCUGGAACAAUCUUUAAUUUGGUGAAAAUUAUAAAUGUGCAUGGA